GGUGGUAAAACAAUCUUUGUUUUCUCUCAAGGUUUAGGGUUCGAGUCCCGCUCUCCAAUUUUUUCCCCGUAUUUUUUUCUCGGUCGUUCGUCUUCUACGUACUGAAACUUUGUGCAGAUCGUUUGAUUCUCUUUCAGUCUUCUUCACCUCUAAUUUCACUCUGUAGAAUUGUAAUUUCAAGUCUCAAACUUCAUGGAUCCAGAUCAAACCCGCUCUUCUGCGCCAAGAAAAGUUAGGUUUCCUCCGAAAGCCCCUCCUCGCAGGAAUCCGAAGCCCCCCGAUCCCAAAACUGAAGUAGUGGAUGAUGCUCGUAGUCAUGACGAAGAACUCUUGCGUCGAGUCAACAAGCAUCUGGGGAAACAAGGACCUCAAGUUGAAAAGAACUCUUCAGUGCAAGUUACAUUUGGAGCUGCAUCAUCAGAUUCCAUAAGGGCAUAUGGCAGACGUGGGGAAGGGAAUACUGGUAGAAGUAAGGAUUCAGGCUUGAAGGAUUCUGAUUCUGGUGAUGAGCAAAUUGUCUUUUCUUUGCCUUCAACUGCUAAACCAGAUGGAACCACCAGCAGUUCUGCAAAUGCUGUGGAUGCAUCAUAUCAAAAGAAACAGAAAAACUACAAAGAACCUUGGGAUUACCUCCACUCUAACCAUCCUAUUUCUCUUCCUUUGAGAAGGCCUAACUCUGGAGACCCAGAACUUCUUGAUGAAGCAGAAUUUGGGGAUGCUGCGAUAAACUUGGAGUAUGAUGAAAAAAAUGUAAAUCCAGCUUUGGAGCUUGGGCUGCUAGAGGAAAAUAACAAACCACAGAUGUUCUUUCUUCAAUUUCCUGAUAAUCUGCCCCUAGUUAAGCAAUCAGCAAGUGCAAAUGGAAAAGAGAGAACUGACAGUUCGAAACCAUCAGGGAGCACAGGUGCUUCAGCCGGUGCAAAGGGGAAAGAGAUAGCUGGCAGAUCAACAGUUGGGGAUACUUCAGUAACAAGGAAAGAGACAGUGGGCAGCUCUAUGCCAUUGGAGACAAGUAAUGCUUCCAUGAUGGGUUGUAGUUUGAAUGAACUGCCUGGAGGAUACAUGGGCAAGAUGUUUGUUUACAAGAGUGGAGCAAUCAAGUGGAAGCUUGGAGAAGUCAUCCAUGACGUAUCACCGGGUGUAAGUUGUAAAUGUUUUCAAGAUGUGGUGGCAAUCAACACUGCUGAUGAGAACUGUUGUGCGCUUGGAGAAAUAGGCAAGCGGGUUGUUGUAACUCCAGAUAUUGAUUCCCUCUUGGACAAUGUGAUUGAGUUGGAGUAGAUGUUACUGGCCAUUUUGACCAUACAAUAUAGUGAUUGUAUAUUUCAUUAGAACUGAUACGUAAAUAUGUAGCCAGAGUAACUGACAACGCCAACUUGUUAGCAUCUAAGAUCAGUCUGUUAAUGCAUAGGAGCAUCUAAGAUGUUUAGCCAGUAGUUAUAGCUGUAUUAAGAGCUUUGUUGUACCUAGGUUUUCAAAUUCCCAAACCUAGACGAGGAGCAGUAUUAUGGUAUAGAGUGAAUUGCCUUGAACUAA